AUGUCAGGCAAUUUCUUCAUCAACGAGACCACGACAGGAGUGGGUCACAAGACCUACAUUGACAAUUGCCGCAACACGUGGAUGUCGCCGAGGAUUGAGUCGCCCACGGCCCCUUGUGGCUCUCUCCGAAUGGACGGGAUGGGAACAUACAUCGGCGGCAAAUGCUGGGCACGAGGUCCGAGUCACAAGGUGGAGAUCAAAGCUGGGAAAGUCUGGCUGGACGACAAGGUCCUUGCGGGGGUUACAAUCCCCCCCGACGCCGACCUCAGCCGGUUCUAUCCGACACAGUCAGGUGCCCUGCGGAACAGCCAAAGCAACAGCAAUGCCCAUGGUUGGAAUGGUAUUGGUACCAGCAGCAACAACAGUGACACCAGAGAGGAGACAGGCUACGAACAGCUGUUCGAGAGUCUAACAGGCGAUCCAGUUCAGGUACCGUCCCAAGGUCUCCCACCGGCUCCCGUCAACAGCAGCGGCACGCAAGAUGCGUCUUCGAAGCGGGCAAAGGAGAUCUGGGGAGACCUAAAAGCCUACCACAUGAACGCCGGGCCAGCUUUUGACUUGUUCCAGACAAUCCAGGCUCAGAUCGGCCAGUCGUUCUGGAGGCUCAGCGACGAGAAGAUUGAGCGUGAUGAUGACAAGGAAGACUUCGGCCACGUGCAAUUCGGCGACGACAAAGUGUCUCUCUCGUUGAGUGCGGCCAGUGGCGAGUCGGACAUGACUUUCAGCACCAUGGCUGGGCUGCGCAGUUACGUGGCAAUGGUCAAAGCGAGGGGCGUCACUGAUCUCGACGCUCAUCAGACCCCAAGUCUCGCAACGGCUACCGUGGACGGCGCCAACAUUGCCGACCCCUCGGGAGGCAAAGGGGACGGCGAGUCCAUCCUGUACCUCAUCAAGGAAGACUACGACUCGUAUUCAUGGCGUGUCGCCAGCAUGACGGGAAAGCUUCUGCUUCUGCAGGAUCGGAUGGCCGAGAGGGCAAGGUCUUGA